AUGUCCUGUGCUCCCAAUGACGAUUCCAGCCACAACAGGCCUUCCUCGAUGGUUCUUUCCGAUCUCGACUUCCUUGGUAUCUCUAGGCGAGAGCUGACACUCAGCUCCGCUACCGCAAACAGCCACGACGGCGAGACAACUUCUACGAUCGCCGUGUCAGGUCUCACGGCGGUAACAGAGAGACAGGAUACCGCUGACGCAAUCUUCAAGCUAGCUUCGCUAUUCGGUGAAUCUAUCAAAGAUCUCAGAUAUGGGAAACAUGAGAUCGCCAUAGGAGGUGGCUAUAUGCGUUUAGGGCUUGAGAAGCUGGUCAAGAGAUAUGUUAGUGAGCUCCAACGCCGAUCGAUUGAGUCGCCUACUUUCCGCUCCGGCACUUUCCGCAUCAGUCAGGAAUCGAUCAAAGUCUACAUGAUGGGCGAAGACCCUAUCGAGAUAUACUUCGACCUGCCGCAACAAGCUCAAGACGUGAAAGGGAUCGCAAUUGAUUUUCGGGCUUGGAGUGGACCACAUGCGGAGUUGGCACGGUCACAUGCCAACUGUAACGCCGAUAUGCUACGAGCCGCGGUGGUCAGUUCGGCCCACGUGGUUGUUGCCACUGCGAAUACCGGCGACAACCAGGAAGCCUGGGCCAUCUACCAUAGGAAAGGAGAGACUCGACUGCGUGUCGUGGGGUGGCUCUCAGUGUCGGCUAUGAAGCAAGCUGAGCCUUGGGCGGCAGAAUAA